GUUUUCGACGCGUGGUCGAAAUUCAAAAGUGAAAAAUCGUGUCGUUCAGAGAAAAUACUCUUUGGGGCUGAGUUAGUUGUCGCGCAACUGGCGCCGAGUUCGGUUGUGCGGUGAGGAGCUACAGCGCUUCCACAAAGUUUUCCGCGCGUUCUUUUACGUGAAACGAAUCUUAUUGUGUCGUAUUAAAAAAAACCGUAAUAGUAUUGUGUUUGUAAAAUUUUCUUAUUUUAUGUGUAGUGUUUUAAUUUGUGACUUUCCGAUGUAUUAUUGAGCAUAAAUGCACAACGAGUGAAACAAGACGCGCGGGACGAAAUAAUUUUCAAAAACAAAAAAAAAAACAAAAAACACAAAAGUGAAAACAAAACAAUGUGAAAUAAUGAAUCGAGACACAUGAUUUCAACGAUAAACUACACACAGUCACAGACGAAUGUGAACAUUCUGCACGUUGCGUACUCGUCGUAUGGGAACGAUAUUGAAAAUGUCACAGAGUACCGCACGAAGAGCGAGGCGGCCGUGGAUCUCGACGAUGCCUUCCGUAACGGGAGCCUCACUAACACGACCAUCGGAUACACGAACAACAACUUCACGGAAUACGCUGAAAUACCGCAUUACAUAAAGAUAACUUCGAUGACGUUCUGCAUAGCGAUCAUGUGUUUAGGGGUCAUUGGGAAUGUGAUGGUGCCAAUCGUUAUAUUAAAAACGAAGGACAUGCGGAAUUCGACGAAUAUAUUCCUUGUUAAUUUGAGUAUCGCUGACCUUAUGGUGUUGCUUGUCUGCACUCCCACCGUGCUGGUCGAAGUCAAUUCGAAGCCUGAAACCUGGGUUCUCGGGAAGGAGUUGUGUCUCGCGGUGCCGUUCGUGGAAUUGACCGUCACCCACGCUUCAGUACUGACGAUACUGGCCAUCAGCUUCGAGAGGUACUACGCGAUCUGCGAGCCGCUGAGAGCUGGUUACGUGUGCACGAAGACCAGGGCCACCCUCAUAUGCGGACUCGUUUGGUUCUUCGCGGCCUUAUUCACCAGCCCCAUACUCGCGAUCGCCGAUCACAAGGCCACCAGCGUCAAUGGGACCGUCGUGAAUCAAUGUCUGACCCAAGCCGGCACCGUCUGGGAGAUAACUUUCUUCGUCACAAUCAUCAUCCUCCUCUACCUCCUACCGCUGAUCAUCUUAAUCGUAUUAUACAGCAUCAUAGCCAAGAAUUUAAUAACGGCCGCUUCUAAGGUUGUCAUGAACAAAACUGUCGAUCCUUAUAACGCGAGAGCUAGGAAACAGGUCAUCCUGAUGCUGGGUACUGUUGUGCUGUGUUUCUUUCUCUGUUUGAUGCCCUACAGGGCUCUAACGCUGUGGAUCAUAAUAACACCGUCAGGCUUCGACGGUAUAAGCUCCGAGAAAUGGUACAACAUCUUGUACUUCUCGAGAGUCAUGCUCUAUAUAAAUUCGGCUAUAAAUCCUAUACUAUACAACUUGAUGUCGUCCAAAUUCAGAAUCGGCUUCUGUAAGGUGUGCAUUUGUUAUAAAAAAGAAAACGAUCUGAACAGAAGAACGCAGAGGACCAUAACGAAUGGUUCAACGACUAGCAGUAGUCUGACCAGAACUACAAACAGCCUGAAGAAAUUCUUCGGCCACAGAACGAGCGUCGAUAGAAGCGAAGCGGAAACCAACAGCAAAGACGAGGAGAGAAGCUUAUUUGACAGGAUAUUCCCAAACAGAGCGUUUUUAAGGCAGCAAUCAGCGCCGGUCUGUUCAAAUUUGAACCCUAAUCGAAUCAACAGAAUGCGAAGCGAAGGAUGCAUGGAUAUAAACAGGCCAGAUAAUAUUCAUUCCAAUUUGAAUCCUAAAGUGAUUCGAUCAGAAAUCGAUGCAGACCUACCUCGAGCUAAUUCGUUGCGCCGUAACGUACUGAUCAACACUGCGAAAGCAAAGAGCGUUGAUUCGGAAAGAAAUGUAAUGAAUUACAGUAAAAAGACCAAAGUUGAUUCCGUUGUGGCUUUUCAGAAGUCGAAGAGUGUGGAUUACGAAUUCCCAGAGAGUUUCGUUUAAAAUCCCACUAAUAUCGGAUAUGUUUAAUCUGUACAAUUAUUGUUUAUUGGUUUAAACCAGCCUUUCUCAAAGUGGGCGAUAACGCCCCCCUGUGGGCGCUGCAGGCCUAAAGCCCCCGGUAGGAGACCCAGAAAAAAAUAGGGGUGUUGUGUAGUUAGUGGCUUGGAAGGCGAUUUGUAAUUUCAUCUAGGAGGACUCUUAGACACCGACUCUACUCUCGCUGUUAUGGUUUUUUAAUAGGUGAAAAAAUGGGGGCGCUAAAAAUAAUUUAUUCUCAAAGUGGGUAGUAAACAAAAUAAGUUUGGGAAGCCCUGGUUUAAACUAAUUAUUACACGUGUAAAAACACGUAUAGGAAUGUAAAGUUCUAUGGUAGUUAUGCUACGUGAUACGGAAGACGAAAAUAUUGUGUCAAAAUCAAAAUAGGUCUUCCCAAGCGCGUUUGAAUCGUGAUGAUAUUGACGCAGAUUCAGACAGCAGAUUCACCAUCAAGUAUGGGAAAUCUCUUUGCAAAACAUCGUCUUCUCGCAUUAAAACUGUAUAAUCUUAAAACUUACGAAAUUUUACAGGAGAGUGUUUUAAAGGUUUAACAUAAUAUGAUAUUUUUAAUAUUAAUCAUCUUUGCAACAUUUACUUUUUAGUCUUUACCAGUUACAUUAUCUGUCUUUUAAAGUAUGUUAAAAUGAUGUAUUAAUUUUGUUAAUAGUAGUCAAAAUAUAGGUAAAUUAAAAAAAAAAAACUAAACUACGCUCUUUUGCCUGUAUUUAUGAGAAAAAUACUGGUGAUACCAAAUGAUUCCGCAUAUUAACUCAAUUUCGAAUAUUUUUGGAAUUUGUACACUUUUAAUGCAAAAAGACUAUAUAUGUACUCCAAAAACUAUAAGCCCAUAGAUGUCUGACGGAUUGGCUCCCCAAUAUUCGUCCGGACUCCUGCGACUUUCAAAAGAUCGUCGGUUCAUCUCGUUCGAAGCUUACCAAAGCUACGCGGUCGCCACUCGCGAGCUUUAUGGCCCCGCACGAAAUUAAGAAAACAUUAUUAAAUCAGUGCAUUUAAAAAAACGUCCAGUGUGCUUAGUGCGAGUUUUUUAACUUUUCGAUCGCGUCAAAGUUAACUCAAAUUUGUAUGGAGUUGGAACAGCGUCCCUAGCGACAAACGUAAAAAACUUGCACUAAAGUGACCUAAAACAAAGAUUAAGGAGCACUGGAAAAUUGAUAUUUGUAUUACAUACAAAAUACCAUGUGCUAUGUAUAGAUUUACGAAUUGUGACGUGUCAAAAAAAAAAGUACCAAUUAUAUGUAAUUUAAAAUAUUAAUAUUUAGAGAUGAAUUUAUACGCUAUAUGUUUUUAAGGCAAAAUUACUAGUUUUAAAUAAUCAAAAAUGUACAAUAAAGGGCACGUAAUAAUGUUUUUUUUACUCAAACGCAUGUAGCCAGCAACAGGUUUACUGCUACAAACAAAUACGGUUGACAACUUUUUUUUACUGCUCAAUACCUUUAUAGCUAAGAAUAAAUAAUUAUUUUACGUGAUAAAGCCACGAAUAAACGAACACAAAAGAAUUUAUCUGACAUUAUCAAACGUCGGUAGGCAGCGGCUUGGCUCUGCCCCUGGCAUUGCUGAAGUCCAUGGGCGACGGUAACCACUCACCAUCAGGUGGGCCGUAUGCUCGUCUGCCUACAAGGGUAAUAAAUAUAUAUAUAUAUUGGAUUUCAUUAAAUUGCAUGCGGAGAAAAUCCUUUUAAAUAUUGUUUACCAAAACCAAAUUACAAAUAGAACAAUAACAGAUGAUCAAUUUAUGAAGACGCAUAAUGAUUAUUUCGAGGAUUGAAAGGCUUUGGUUUAUGCGACAUUUUUACAAAUUAACAGUUUAAAAUUUGGAAAAAAUAUCAUUACAAAAAAACUUCUUCAGCUGUCUGAAUGGGGUAAAUUUAAUUGAAGUUAAUUUAUAAAGAUCAAAUUGUUGAUACUAAUAUCAUUAAACGGACCUUUAAUCUAUAUCUAUAUAUAUAAAAAUGAAUUGCUGUUCGUUAGUCUCGCUAAAACUCGAGAACGGCUGGACCGAUUUGGUUAAUUUUGGUCUUGAAUUAUUCGUGGAAGUCCAGAGAAGGUUUAAAAGUUUAAAGUAGAUAAAUAUGAAAAUGCUCGUAAUUAAAUAAAAAUAACAAUUUUGUUUUUCCUUUGAUGCGUCCCUCGUUGGACGGAUUCCUUUUGUUUGUUUUAUGUUUAUUUAAAAGUUUGGGUCUUUUAUUUAUCGAUUAAGGCACUACGAAGUCUGCCGGGUCAGCUAGUUACAAAUAUAAAUGUCGCGUAUUAAUCGAAAUGUAGCUUAAAACAAAUGGCUUUUCACCCCUCGAUUUAAUGAUAGUACAACUUGAAGAUUUUGAGGAUAUCCGCGUCACAUUAUUGAUAUUCAAGCUUGUGAAUCGAAAGAUAAUAUCAUAGGUGGAUGCGUCUACAACUUAUAGACGGAUGCGUCCUUAUAAUUCGACCUCAUUUCUCAAAGCAACUUUCACCCUGCGUUUUCCCUAAUUGUCCACAAGCAAUGUCAUCUAUGGCUCUCAAUAACAUUGAUUUUCAUUUGUUAUAUUUGAAGCAGACUGUUGUUUUAGUAAUAGGUUGAUAUAAAUUCAUUAUUGUCCAUCAUAAUCGUUGUUGUAUAGUGAAUUAUUUAAUUUUAUACUAAAUAAGACUAGAUUAAUAGUUUGAUGCGAAUUUAAAUUAAAAAGGUAUACCUGUGGGUUAAUUCAAUUGAAAAGUUAUCGAGGUGCGAUGUGAUAAUUUUGCUUGACCUCUAAUUAUAUUAUACAGAAAGAGGUAAUUGAUUUGUGGAAUUAAUUUAUUUUAAAGUGACUUAUACGUAUUAUUUAAUUUAGCGUAAGUUUUAAUGUAUAUAAAUUUUAUUUUCUUGUUGUGAUGGUAGAUAAUAGUCGUUCGUUUUAAAAAUUACAAGACGUGAAUUAUAAAUAAAUUAUGUGAAAUUAAGUGCCAAA